AUGGAUGGGAGUCUAGGGGAGAUGUCCCUCCACAGCCACUCAGAGUUGGCUCACGGCCAGGACGGCAGGGCCAUGCUGCACUCUCGGGACCUUUCAGCUGCUUUCCCUAGGCCUUCCCUCGGGGGCCCCUCCAUGUCUCUGGAGCACGAGCCUCGUCCGCCGGGCUUCGACCACUCCAUGUCAGCGUUGGGCUACAGCGGCGAUUCCCCGUCCAGCAGCGGCAGCACUUACACCACCCUGACACCCCUGCAGCCGUUUGAUGACAAGUUCCACCACCACCACCAUCACCACCCAUGCCUGCCGGUCAGCAAUGUCAUCGGCAGCUUUACCCUCAUGCGUGAGGACCGAGGCCUCAGCACCAACUUCUACAACCCCUACAGCAAGGACCUGGCCAUGUCCCAAAGUCUGUCGCCCCCCUCCACAGGUUCAGGCCUGGGCUCUACCAUGCACGGCUAUGGCAGCCUAGGCAACAGCCCCAACAGCAACGCCGGUCAGAUGCUCCACGGCGGGUAUGACGUCCACGGAGGGAACAUUUUCUGCCGGACAUCAGAUUUUGGCCGUGAGAUGUCACCACCGGGCCUAGGAGGAGGCGAUGUGUCGAUGGGGCAUCAGCUCAACAAAAUGGAGGCCCAUCAGCAUGCCUCGGGCCACCACCCUCACAUCUACAGCCAGCACUACCAGCCCCACCAUCACCCGAGCCAGCAGGCCUCCAAGAUGGGCGAGCACCUGCACUCCUCCUCAUCCGCCUCGUCCUCGCCCGGAGAGGGCAUGCUGGCGGGCUCGCAGGGCGGCGGAGGCGGUGCGGGCGAGGAGAUCAACACCAGGGAUGUGGCCCAGAGGAUCAUCACCGAGCUGAAGAGAUACAGCAUCCCCCAGGCCAUCUUCGCUGAGAGGGUUCUGUGUAGGUCACAGGGCACACUGUCUGACCUCCUGAGGAACCCCAAGCCCUGGGGCAAGCUCAAGUCUGGCCGCGAGACCUUUAAGAGGAUGUCUCGCUGGCUGCAGGAGCCCGAGUUUCAAAGAAUGGCCUCACUCCGGCUGGAGGCCUGCAAGCGGAAGGAGCAGGAGCAGAGCAAGCUGGAGCGCAACCAGGGCCCGAAGCGCACCAGGCUGGUGUUCACAGACCUGCAGCGGCGCACCCUAUUGGCCAUCUUCAGGGAGAACCAUCGCCCGACCAAAGAGCUGCAGAUCACCAUCUCCCAGCAGCUGGGCCUGGAGCUCUCCACUGUCAGCAACUUCUUCAUGAACGCCCGCCGACGCAACCUCAAUAAGUGGGCAGAUGAGGGUCGUCCCUCCUCCACGGGUUCCUCGGGCUCCAGCGUUUCCUCCUCCGCAGUGUCCUGCAGCACGGCGUGA